UUUUUUUCCGAACGUUCGCGUUUGCGAACUGCGCGUGCUGUUGGCGAACAGCUGAUUUGGUCAAUUUCUUAUAUCAAUCUAUUUUUUGGCGCAUAUUAUCGCAUAGGUGGAUUUUGCGGUACCAUCAACACUGAUCGCGUCGUGUCGACAGUCUGCGUUGAGUUUUGUUCGGUCGUGUAUGUAUCCGCGCGUUUGUAGCGAGAGGUGGUUGGAGGGUCGGAGGUUAUAACACCGGUAAUUCCAGGCCAAAAUGGACGAUAUAACCCUUCGGGCAUCCGAUCGUGUUUUAGAAGUGAUAUUCUCUUAUCUUGAUCUUCACACAUUGAGAAAUUGUUCGUUGGUUUGUAAAAAGUGGUACAGAUUUUUGAACGAUGAAAACAACGAUGUUUGGCGUAUGCAUUGUAUUAGGAAACUCGCGCAGGAAGCUCUCAGUUCCGAUCUUCUGUCAUCGGUACCUACUUAUAAAGAAAAAUUAAGGGCUUUCUAUCACGCCUGGAAUCCCAACGAUUGCUCGCGCAAUAUUUACAUCAAACCGAAUGGCUUUACUCUCCACAGGAAUCCUGUGGCACAGAGUACUGAUGCUUGCAGAGGGAAGAUAGGCUUCAGGCAUGGGAGACACGCGUGGGAAGUCAUUUGGGAAGGUCCUUUGGGUACGGUAGCUGUCAUAGGAAUAGCAACAAAAGAAGCAUCCCUUUUGUGUCAAGGAUAUGUUGCACUACUAGGCUCUGACGAGCAUUCUUGGGGAUGGAAUUUAGUAGACAAUCAUUUGCUGCACAAUGGUGAUGCUCAAGGGAAUUAUCCACUACUUAAUAAUGCACCAAAGUAUCAGGUGGGAGAGAGAAUUAGAGUAAUCUUAGACUGCGACGACAACACACUAUCUUUUGAGAAAAACUAUGAGUUUUUGGGUGUGGCAUUUAGAGGUUUACCAGACAAAAGGUUGUACCCAUCAGUAUCAGCGGUUUAUGGAAAUACGGAAGUUUCUAUGGUGUAUCUUGGACGACCAUUGGAUGGCUAACGGAAUAAUUAAUAGGAGGAAGGAGUCAAAUUUAUCGUCAAAGGAUAAUGAUUCAUUUAAGAAGUCCGAUGUUGCUCGCUUUUCACAAAUGAGUCGGAAAUUAUCCUUGGGGAUAUCCGAAUCUUUGACGAAUUAUUUCAUUGGACCGUCUUGGUAUUAAGAAAAUUAUUUCAUACGAAAAAAAGGAAUCUCAUUUAUCAUGUAGUACUUGAAAAGAACAAAAGGCAUUUUUCAACCAACAUACACUGUACAUACAAUGAUUUCACAAAUUUAAAUUUAAUUUCUCGCUCAACCAAAUGCUGAUACAGUGAUUUCGUUUCGUAUUGAGAUUACGCUGGCCUGACUGUCAUGGCCAAGAAUUAGGCGAUGCUUCAAAAAUCACUAUCACAGUAAUUCAAUCAUAGCAUUUUGAAAAUCUUGCUGUUCUCGAACGUUAAUUGAUCAUGAUUAGAAUUACUACACGAUAACUUAUUUUUUAUUUAAAAAAAACAGGGAAACAAAGAAAAAAACUGAAAAACUAGAAAUAAUUUUGAUAAAUUCAUCUUCAUUGGCACAUGCGAUCAGAACACCCUUAAAUACUUAAUUUUGGCCGUAAUUGUCUCGAUGUACAUAGUAAAUUGCAUUUAAAAAAUAAUAUCACGUUGAGCCAGUGUUUAUUCAUUACCAAGAAUAUGCUUUUCGUGUCGAUGUGCUGCAAAUAUUUGACGAGUAGCAAACUGAACGAGCAAUUUUCAUUUCAGUUUUUUUUUUUUUUCCAUAACAAAACACGCGAAAAACUGUUUUUUGUUUUUCUAGCCUCUCUAGCGAUAAUGGUCUAAGUCAGGGAGGAAAAGAAAGUUCGUCUAUCCUUUUUUCUCUCCUAUAAGAGCUUUUGGCAUAUUCCAUGGAAUGGAAUGUCAAAUAGUACAGACGAAUAUUUGACGAAACAAGUUUACAAAAGUACAAAUAAAGCAGCUUACCUCGUGUCAAUCCAAAGAAACAUUUACGUUGUCAUAUGUGAUUGCUUGUAAUUUGAGGGAAAAAAAUCACGAUAUGUUGCUUGAUUGUUUAAUCAAAUUAAUUUGUCGUAGGUGUAAAAACCACUGAACAAAGGGAAGGUUGUAAAAUAUCUGAGCAUUUACGAAAGUUAAUCGCGUCUCUUUCCAAUCAUACAUUUUUUCAAGUCGUUAUUGUUAUUAUCAUUAUUAUCAUCGUCAUCAUCAUCAUCAUUUACUUUGAUGCAAGCCAUAUUAUGAAUAAUUGAAGAUUGUAUAUGACAAUUUAUGAAAAAAGUAUACUUAUUAAAAAAAAUAGUGAAUGUUUUUACAUGAUACGCGCGCGAAUAACAGAAAGUAUAUAUAUAUAUAUAUAUAUGUCUAGGGAGAUUCACAAGAAAUUCUACAACUUAUACACACUUAAACCUAAAAAAAAGUAAAUACACAAUUUUGAUGUAAAUAUUAAAAUGAUUCUUCUUCGUGAUUAUAUUGGAAAUUGAUUGUAACAGUGAUAAUAAUUGUUUCUAAACUUUUGUACAGAACUGCAUGUAUAUACCACUACGCUAAAUAUUUAUUAUAUACAAAUAUCUAGUAUCAUUAUGAUUACCCGCAGCAGAGAAAAGAAAUAAAUUUUAUUUCAUACGAA